AUGGGUGUCCCCAAAUUCUUUCGCUGGCUCAGCGAAAGAUAUCCUGCCAUCUCGACGCUGAUCGCAGAGAGCCGGAUACCCGAAUUCGACAGCCUUUACCUUGAUAUGAACGGCAUUAUCCACAACUGUACACAUAGCGACAGCGAUUCUCCGACGUUUCGCAUGACGGAGGACCAGAUGUUUAUCGCUAUAUUCAACUACAUUGAACAUUUAUUUGGCAAGAUCAAGCCCAAGAAGUUGUUCUAUAUGGCAGUGGAUGGUGUUGCCCCCCGCGCCAAGAUGAAUCAACAACGUGCCCGUCGCUUCCGCACCGCCCUGGAUGCGGAGAACGCUAAGGAAAAGGCAAUCCAGCAAGGCUUGGAGAUGCCAAAGGAGGAUGCAUUCGACAGCAAUUGUAUCACCCCGGGUACUGCGUUCAUGCAGAAGUUGACGCAACAACUGAAGUACUUCAUCAACAAGAAGAUUUCCGAAGACACAGAUUGGCAAGGUGUAGAAAUCGUGCUGUCUGGCCACGAGGUCCCUGGUGAAGGUGAACACAAGAUCAUGGAAUACAUUCGAUGCUCGAAAGCGCAACCCGGAUAUGAAUCCAACGUUCGCCACUGUCUUUACGGAUUGGAUGCCGACUUGAUCAUGCUGGGAUUGCUCAGUCACGACCCUCACUUCUGCCUUCUUCGUGAGGAAGUGACCUUUGGUCGCCAGGUUUCCAAGAAGCCCAAGGAACUCGAACAUCAGAACUUCUAUCUUCUGCAUUUGAGUAUGGUCCGAGAGUACCUGGAACUGGAGUUCCAAGAGCUUGAGCAAGAUGGUGCCCUCGAUUUCCCAUUUGAUAUGGAGCGUGUCAUCGAUGACUUCAUUCUCAUGGCGUUCUUCGUUGGAAACGAUUUCUUACCAAAUCUGCCAAAUUUGCACAUUAACGAGGGUGCCCUUGCCCUUAUGUUUAAGCUUUAUAAAGAGGUACUUCCAAAGAUGGGCGGUUACAUCAAUGAGCAAGGUGUGAUCAAUGUGCAACGCUUGGGCAUGCUUGUGAGCGCACUGAGCUCCGUGGAAUAUAGGUUCUUUGAGGCAGAGAACUCCGAUGCCCAAUGGCUCAAAUCGAAGAAAAACGGAGAUGUUGAUGCCGUGGAUUCCCAACAAAAGCCCAAGAAGCUCACAAUCACACCGGCCCAAAAGGAGAUUCUGAAAACCAUCAAGAAAUACGUUCUGAACCGGACCGACAAUGUCUCUUCGCCACUUGAUCUACCCUCCACCCUUCCAGCUCGUGACCGGGACUUUGUUGAACAGCUUGCAGAUGAGCUUCGACUGCCUUGGUCCUCAAUUGAUAAUGACGAUGGAGACCGGUUCAUGCGACUCCAGUUGCCUCAGUCGCAGAAGGACGAGGAGGAUGACGAUGACGAUGAAGAGGACGAGGAGGCAUCCAUGGCAGUUCAGCGUAUCAUCCGAAAGUACGAGAAGGCCACUGUGCAGGAAAUGACCCCAGCGGAAUCGCAGAAGGCGGCGCAAGAGAAAUACGACGCUGAAUUCUUGGCUUGGAAGAAUAAAUACUAUCAGACCAAGUUCGGAUGGGGCCUUGAAAACAAGGAAGAGAUGAAAAAACUUGCCCAGAACUAUGUGCAGGGACUGCAGUGGGUCUUGUUCUACUACUAUCGAGGCAUCGCAUCUUGGCCGUGGUUCUUCCAGUACCACUAUGCCCCCAUGAUAUCUGAUGUGAACGCUGGACUUGAUGCAGACAUGGACUUCAAGCUGGGACAACCAUUCCGGCCUUAUGACCAGCUAAUGGGCGUCUUGCCGGACCGCAGUAAGAAGAUUGUGCCCACUGCCUAUUGGGACUUAAUGACGUCGCCCGAUUCUCCAAUCUAUGACUUCUACCCCCGUGACUUCGACCUCGAUAUGAACGGCAAGAAGAUGGAGUGGGAAGCCGUUGUCAAAAUCCCCUUCAUCGACGAAAAGCGGCUCUUGUCUGCUUUGAAGACAAAGGAACAUUUGCUUUCUCCCGACGAGAAAGCAAGAAAUGUCUUUGGAGCUUGUCUGAAGUUUACUUAUUCAUCAGAUGUCAAUUAUGUUUACCCAUCUUCGAUGCCUGGAGUGUUCCCCGAUCUUCCAAACUGUCAUUGCAUUGAAAAUAUCUUUGAACUCCCCGCGAUGGAUGGAUUGGAGCCCUAUGCCGGUUUGAUGGAAGGUGUGCACCUAGGUGAUGCAGCACUUGCCGGUUUCCCUAGCAUCAAGACACUGCCCAAGCAUGGUCAGCUUGGUUUCCAUGGUGUUUGUGUCUUUCAACAGGACAGUCGCAAUGAGAGCCAGGUUGUCACUCUCCUGGACCCGGGGAGCCGCUCGAGCAUCGAAUUGGCCAAAAAGAAGCUCGGACAGCGUGUCCACGUUGGAUAUCCAUUCUUGCAGGAAGCUCUUGUGAUCCGCGUUUCAGACGAAUUAUUCGACUACAUUCUCCCUCCCGGAGAGACGCAUCCUGUUUCCAUUCCUCAUACCCCUCAACAAAUUGAGCAGUGGAAAAAGAAGGCGGUCAAGAUUGAAAACACCUACAGCAAGCGCCUAGCAACGAUUAUCGGCGAAGUUGAAGCAUUAGUACACAUCCAACUCCUCAAGGGUAUGAUCAAGACCGACGACGGUGCUACAAUCAAGGAAUUUGCCGAUAUCCCAGGCCAGGAGACAGAUUACGCUCUACAAGUCAUUGUUGACGAAGUGAAGAACCCCGAUCAGCGUUUCAUCGAACGGGAUGCCGUGUCCAUUGAGGAGGAUUUCCCAGAGGGCUCUCGUGCCUUCUUCCUGGGCGAUUUCAACUAUGGAAGACCCGUCCAUGUUGGUGGCCACGAGGAUGGAAAGGUCAAUGGGUUGAUCGCCGCUGUCAAGGGACGGGAGCCAGAGUUCGGUCGGGAGCGUGUAAAGGCGGCAGAACAACUUUGCCCUUACAUGCCUUCUUACGCUGUUGCACGCAGCCUCCGCCUUAAUGCCCUGGUACUGGCUAAAAUUACAUCCUCUUUCACCGUUGAUAUUGAAGGCACACGUGCGAACCUCGGCCUCAACUUGAAGUUCCAGGCUAAGCAGCAGAAGGUGUUGGGUUACUCUCGCCGAGGAGAAUCAGGCUGGGAGUUCAGCCAAAAGGCAGUUGAAUUGAUCCAGCAGUACAUGAUCAACUUCCCUGAGUUCAUUGCUGGUAUCCAGCGCAAUCCUCAAAGUGAUCGUUAUUCUCCAACUGAUUUCUACCCGGAGGAGAUUGCCUCUCUCAAGAUGAAGGAGAUCAAGGAUUGGCUCAAGUCCAUAGAAGCUAAGAACUUCGAAAGAGUGCCCCUGGACGCCGAACAACUUGACUCGGACAUUGUGAUGUUGAUCGAACAGGAUGCCGAUCGAUUCAACCUGUCCCAGCCACAGAUGCAGCCAAAGAAGGUUCGGGGCGUGCCCCGAGGUGCUCUGCUUCGGCCUGCCGAUGUUGAGCAUCGUCUUGGUAGCCAAACUUUCAAGCUCGGUGACCGGGUCGUGUACGCCCAAGAUUCCGGUAAAGUGCCAAUUGCCACUCGUGGUACUGUGGUCGGUCUCACCAGAACCCCGCGUACCAUGCUACUGGAUGUUGUCUUCGACUCGUCAUUCAUGAGUGGUACUACGCUUGGUGGACGAUGCUCGCCAUUCCGCGGCCAGACCGUUCCAUCGAUUUCCGUCCUCAACAUCUCUUACCGCCAACUCAUCGCCAGCUCUCGCGCUGCGGCUGACCAGCAGGCUCAACAGGCCCCUCUUCCCCUAACAGUUGCUGGGUACGGUGCGCCUCUUGGCCCUGGCAGCCAGGGUCAACUUAGAAAUGCCGAUGCCCCUGCUCCCCUGACGGGCUCCUUCCGAGGUGCGGUCUCUGGCCAAGGCGCCGGAGGCCGUGGAGGCCGUGGAGGAUUCAACAAUGGUCAACAGACCACUCUGCCCUUCCGCCCCCACUCCAACGGUGGUCUCCCACGUGGCCCCCGUGCGCGUGGAGGUGGCCGCGGUGGUGCUCGUGGUGGCUAUGUCUCAGUGGAGCAGGGCGAUCCGAGUGAGGGUAUCAUUCAAAACAACCCAAACUUCCGUCCUCAAAACUAUACGCAAGUUCCGCCUCCCCAGGGAAUGGAUCGGGGACGUGGCCGUGGCCGCGGUCGCGGAAACGGAUUCCGUGGUAGAGGUGGCCGUGGCCGCGGUGCGCCUCAAGCCGAUGCCCAAUAA